AUGCGCAGUCCCUUACUCAUUAAGCGCAUACCACAACCAUCUUCCUCUGCCGAUCCCCCUCGAUACACUCGGUCACGCGCAAAUUACGAACAGUAA